CUAAGAGCAGAGCAGACGAGCCUUCAUAAACCAACUUCCAACCCCUUAUUUUACUUAUAAGCUACACAGCACCAAUCAUGUAACGCUGUACUACUACCCCAGUAGAUCGUAGCUCCAGCUCUACCGCUCGGCAUUGCGAUGAGAAGCUCCUCUCAAGGGGUUAUCCACAACCCUAUUGACUAUUGACGUCAUCUCGCCACCGGAGAAGUGAUCUCUUACCAAGACUUGGUGAAAGGACAAAAAUUCUCUCGAUACAUAAAGGGAGAAGAGGAGAAACUGAAUCAUACACUUAUAAGUAGCAUAAACCAGAGGGGAGCUAGCAGAGCUGUGACUGGCUCAGGUCAGGAAUGGUGGAUCACUUGCCGAUAGGCGAGGAGACCUUCAUGUAUUACGCCAACUCUCCGGCAGACCAUCACGCAUCGGACAUGGUGACAGAUACGGGUGUCUACCAGGCGCUGUCCUCCCCGUUCUCCGAGGACGACCUGAGUGACUCGUCCAGCGCUCGCUCCUGCUCCAGCCCUGAGUCCCAGGUGCUGGGUUCCAGCUACGGCAGCAGCAGCAGCGGAGAGAGCCAGGACGGUCUCCUGGACUUCCUGCUCUCCCAGGCCACACUGAGACGUGGAGUCACUCCCUCUCUAUCCCCCUCAGUACCACCCAUCCUCCCCAUGGGUCUAGCAUGGGAGUCAAAAAGGGACCGCCUGUCUCCGCCAACCAAAGAGGAGUGCUUUGAGUUCCCUGAGUUCCCAGCGGACCUGGAUGAUCACAUAGGGCUGUUGUUUCAGCCCACCCUGGAGGAGAUAGAGGAGUUCCUGGAGGAGAAUAUGGAGGUGGUGGCAUUGAAGAAUGAGGCUUGCGAGGGUGGGAUGUUGGAUGUAAACAGUCAGGUGACAGGGUCAGUGUCUGGGCUAGCGCACUCAGACCAAACAGUACCUGUUGCCGUUGCUACUGACCUCACCACAGAGACCAAACACACACCAACAUCCCCGAUAACAGACUCCAACAUUUGUAGUGGGAUUAAACAGGAAGACAGUGCUGGGACACCAGCAUCAGUAGAGGGGUCCGGUGUGCCGCCUGUCAUCCUGCAGAUUCAACCAAUCCAGAUUAAGCAAGAGCCAAUCCCAGGUGCGAUACCAACACCAGUAUCACAGCAGACCACCCAGCCCACCUCAGACAUCAAAGUCGCCCAGCUCCUGGUCAACAUCCAGGGGCAGACUUUUGCCCUGGUGCCCCAGCUGAUGUCUCCAGCUAAUCUCCAUGGCACAUCUUCCAAAUUUGUACGCAUCGCACCCGUACCCAUAGCCGCCAAGCCCCUGGGUCCCGGGGAGGGUGGGCUUGCAGGUGGCCAGGCUGCAGGGAUCCUGGUGGGAGGACAGAAGUUCCAGAAGAGCUCGGUAGCGGACCUUAUAAAAAUGCAUAAGUGCACUUUCCCUGGAUGUGCCAAGAUGUACACUAAGAGCAGCCACCUGAAGGCCCACCUGAGGAGGCACACGGGGGAGAAGCCCUUCGCCUGCACCUGGCCUGGCUGUGGAUGGAGAGUUUGAGAUUAGAUUAAGGCCUUUGAAGUGCGGGCAGACUUUGUUCCCUCUACAGUAGCUGUCUCUCUGUUUGCUCGCUAUCUGCACACUGUUGCACACUUGCAGAAAUCAAGAUCUAAAAGUUUUGGUAGCAAGCAGCACUUUGACUGGCAUACUAAUUAGAUUAUAAUCCAUAACCUAAAAGUGGCCAAAGGAGUUUUAAGCAUGUUUCUUUGUUUCUACUCACUCAGCAAGCAUAAGGUGUGCAUUUGUCCCAUAUUAUUCACAGUUUAGUGUUUUUGGUCAUGAAUCUUGUUCUGGAGGCAGCUCUGCAGAGUGGUCACGAGCUGGCACAGCCACAAAGUUAUCAAAUCGGAUUUGAAACCAAACCUUAAACCUAACCGUAACCACACUGAUAACCCUAAUGCCUAACCUUAAAUUAAGACCAAAACACACAUUUUUGUUUUCAUGAAUUUUUACAAUAUAGCCAAUUUUUGACUUUGCAGCUGGCCUAACUAAGAGGAAAUCACUCAGGACAAGACUCAUGACAGUAAACGUCAACCUGCAUAUCAUUCAUUCACCAGCCAGAUAUGUAAUCCAACAUCCAGUUAAUUCUUCAACAACCAAAGUUCAACCUAUUGUAUGGACCAUGGAUUUAAGACCAAAGGGCAGCAAGUUCAUCUAACUUCUUCACCCGACACAGUUGCACAACUAAACACUAAACAUAGAAUAGCUGGUUCUCCAGUCUGAUAAGAUUGGCAGUGCUCAGCAGUCUGCCCUGGGACAGGACUGCCCUGGGCCUGUUGUAUCCACCCACCUCCCUCAGGGCACAGUGUGGCCUUCAGAGGCUGCUCUCUGUCUGAGGGAACCCUCCUCCUUCCGUCGUCCUGGUCAGGAAAUAGAAGUGAGCUUGGGAAAUAUGCACCUCCAGCCAUCUGCGUUUUGAGUGGCUUGUGUUGUAAUGAAAGAAAGUGUUUUUGACAUUCCUCUGAUUCUCUUCAUGUCCAUAAAACCAAAUGACACAUGUACUAUAAAGCUGUGGAUCCUUUUGUGUUUUAUCACACACACAAUGUAUACUGUACGUGCAUGCAGGCCAGCAUAGAUAGGCACAAACACAUUUAAGCUGUUGUACUCACACUUUCACGUCGGUACAGAGUUGCAGGGGAACAUUGGUAUGGGGUUACUAGUGGACAGUAUGUUUGAACCCAAACCGUUUAUUGUGAAAACACCAUGACGCUCUGAAAAAAGGGUUUGUCUUGUUUUUGUACCCGGUUCAACUUACAGUAAAAAGUAAAAAAAAAAAAAAAAAAGAAGAUAUGAUUAUAUUGUUCCUUAGUGUCCAUUCUUCAAAUUUUGAACAAAAGUGCUUUGUGGUUGCUGCGUGCGGGAUUCUGUAAUUGUAGCUUAAUGAAGGUCCCAAGAGAUGGAUAGUUGUGUGCAAUUGGAACUUCUUAUGUAGUUAGCUGAAGUUGUUAUCGUUUAGCAAAAUUGAGGAGCCUUCAUACUCAUGCACUAAGUUACAGUAACCCUGUCCCUCCCUGUGGACUUACAUGAGUUACAGUAACCCUGUCCCUCCCUGUGGACUUACAUGAGUCACUGUAACAAAUCAAAUCAAAUUUUAUUUGUCACA